GAAUAUCAUAUGGGAGGAUCUUGCUGUAAAGAUGACACUUUAGAAACUAACAAAGAAAUUAGAAAUCCCCCCAAUAAGCCAAUAUUCACACAUGCUGACAACCUGCCUCCCAGAAGUGAAUAAAAUAAAUCAAAUCAGGAAAUCAGAACCCAACUUCUGAAACCAACUAUCGAAAUUCAAAAUCAAUAAGUUCAAAUCCCUGUCAUACACAAUGGAUUGGUGAAAGAAAUGCUUGCCAAAUUAGGCGAAUAUCAGAUCCCUUCGUCCAUAACAAAUGAAGGUUUAGAUGUUACACCUCCUGUCCAAUUUGAUGACGGUUCAAUCUACGUCGGAGGCCUAAAGAAUGGCUUGUUUUAAGGCUAUGGAGAAAUCUAUUGGGAUGACGGAACUCAUUACUGUGGCCAAUUCAAUAAAGGGACUAAAUCUGGUCACGGCAGAUUGAUAUUCACUGAUGGAGAUACAUAUGUAUAAAAACUAAACUUAAUAAGGAAGGUGAGUGGCUGGAUGAUAAGUAACACGGAAAAGGAAAAUAUUGGUACUCAGAUGGAGGCGUAUAUGAUGGAAGAUUUCUAAAUGAUUUAAAAGUAAGCCUAAAUAAACUUAUUGAUUUUUAGAACGGAUUUGGCAAAGAAGUUUUGGCUAAUGGAGAAACAUACGAAGGAGAUUUUUCAAAUGGAGCAAGACAUGGAAAAGGAAAAUUGAUUUUGGCUGAUGUGGUCUUUGAAGGUCAAUUUGAAAAGGGGUAAAUGGUUGACGGAGAAUAUAAAUGGAACGAUGGAAGAAAAUAUAGGGGUUAAAUUAAAGGAACUAAAAUACAUGGCCAUGGAGAAUUUUGGUUUCCAGAUGGAAGAUACUACAAGGGUACUUUGAUUGAUUCAAAUAAUCUUAGGCAAUUGGGUUGAAGACUAAAAGGAUGGACAAGGAGAAUUUCAUUAUUCUGAUGGAUCAGUUUAUGUUGGGGAAUGGAAACAAAAUAAAUAAAAUGGAUAUGGGAAAUUUACAGACAAAAAUGGAGAAGUAAUAAAUGGCUUGUGGGUAGACGGCAGUAAGGCAAAAUGAAGG